AUGGGCAAGAAGAGGAAACAAGAUCAAUGGAAAGAUGACUCCAGCCCUUCUGAUGGCAAGCGCCAUAGGUCUUGCCACUGGGAGAAUGGGGAGACGAGCAGGCCAAAUGAUGGGAUGUCGCCUCGGGAGGGGUCUUCAGAUAUCGUUCGCGCCGUUAUCGAAUUGAAAGACUUCAUGCAGAUUCAACUGUGCACGGAGGAAAAAUUCAAAAGGAAUAUCCAAAAGCUUAAGGAAAAGAGGAAAAAAGACAAGAUCAAGCAUAAGGAAGAUCUCAGAGUACUCAAGGAAGACCUCAUCAGAAUAUUCAAGGAAGAUCACGAAGUGCUCAAAUCAAAAAUCCAAGAAAUGCAAAAAGAAGCAUGUACUGAAGUAAAUCAUUACAAGGCAUCUCCAUCUCAGAGAUCACAACUAUGCCAACCAACAAGAUUUCGACUAAAAAUUGAAAAUUGUGUGAAGAAAAUAAUAUACAGAAAGGGAAUUGUAGAGACCAAGGAUGGUGGAGAUCACAUAAAAGUUGUCAUGUAUGAUGGUGACAAUCGAAUUGCAUCUGACCAUCCUCUUGCUUCUGUAAGAGUUGAGCUAGUUGUCAUUAAAGGAGGGUUCAAUGAAUCUAAACCUACACCAGUUUCUUGGUCUAAAGAGGAGUUUGAGAAAAACAUUGUACAACCGCCAGAAGGAAUCAAAAGGUUGGUGGAAAAUGGUACAUUUGAUCUGAUUGAUGGGAGUGGUGCUCAUGAAGGUGCCAUUAUUAUGGAUAAUUCAAAACAAAGGGAAUUUAAGAUUGGAGUAAUGAUCGCAGUGCCUACAAAAAUUAGAGUUCUUGAAGGAGUAUCAAAUCCCUUCAAAGUGCAGGAAGGCAAGACAAGAAAGCUAGCACCAAAGAAAAUGGGUAAAAAGCCUUCUCCUCCAGUUUCGACGCAAAACUUGGUACAGCCAACCAGCAGCCACGCAACACAACAUAGUAAAGGCUAG